AUGACAAUUGACACAAAUGACUUUUCACUUUGUGUCCAGUGGUACUUACAUUGCGGCGUUCUAACGAUUUAUUUUUAUUGGAUUUUGACUGAGUUGUUCAAUGAAUAUGAUUGAUUUAAAAAAGGAAUAAGGGUGUAUAAACAAAAUGUUCAAUUAAUGAUAAAUCGUUUAGCAUAAAACAUCAAAAUGUCGAUGAUAACUGGCACAUUGAAUCAGUACAUUAAGUUUGUGGAACGCGUGUUUAGAACUGCCCAAGGAAAUGUUCUAUCAAGACUUCUAUCACUGAGAGACGAACAUGUUGUGAAUAGAAAUCUCAGAACCGGCGACAUCGCUACUCUUGUGGAAGGCAACUGCGUCGCCCCGCUUGACGAAAUUAUGAUCGCACAUUUAUUGUGUGUCAGAGCACUGUACUCACAAGAUUACAUAGAUGCUUAUAAUCAUCAGAGUGCUUGUGUGGCGGCAGUUGUGAGGUUACUGCAGGUGCAAAAAGAAGAAAACUGGAGUCUCCCUCUCAUGUAUACUGUUUGUUUAGACCUCAGACUUGUUGCACAGAAAGCAGAAGCUUGUAGUCCACAAAGCAAUGGCAAGAUUUUGGAGAAGGCAGCAGAAAGUCUACUGGCUUGUUUCCGAGUAUGUGCUGCCGAUAACAGAUCUUCAGAUGUAGACACCAAGAAAUUGGGGAUGUUGAACCUUGUAAAUCAACUCCUUAAAGUCUAUUUUAGAAUAAAUAAACUACACUUAUGCAAACCGCUUAUAAGGGCAAUAGAUUCAUCACCAUUUAAAGAUCAAUUUCCCUUAGCUCAACAGAUUACAUACAGAUAUUUUGUUGGACGGAAAGCGAUGUUUGAUUCAGACUAUAGAUCUGCAGAUGAAUACUUGUCCUUUGCAUUCCAAAACUGCCACAGGGAAAGUAAUAAGAAUAAGCGGUUAAUUCUGACAUAUUUAGUGCCAGUAAAGAUGUUGUUAGGCUACAUGCCAGCAAAGCAUUUACUAGAAAAGUAUGACCUGCUUCAAUUCUGGGAACUUGUGUCUGCCGUCAAGAAAGGUGAUUUACGUGGGAUCGAUAGAGUCAUGGAAGAACACGAGAGCUUCUUUAUAAGAGCUGGUAUAUACUUAAUUGUGGAAAAAUUAAAGAUAACAGCAUACAGAAAUCUGUUUAGGAAAGUGUAUCUGGCUGAAAAUACGCAUCAAAUUGAUAUAGCAAGUUUUCAAGCUGCAUUAAAGAUUAUGGGCCAAGAUGAUGUGGAUGCAGAUGAGACGCAGUGCAUAGUGGCUAAUCUGAUUUACGAUGGUAAAAUCAAAGGGUACAUUUCAUAUCAGCACAAAAAGGUGGUUGUGAGUAAACAGAAUGCAUUUCCACCAUUGUCUAGUUUGUACUAAAUGUAUUAUGUAUGUAAGUAGUAGAAAUAAAUAUUUUUAAUACCAUGUUUUUUCGAGGUUCUUAUUUUUUAGGAAUAUUGUAUUGAUUUAAAUGUAUGGCUACUAUUCAUAAAUGCAGGGAAUAGUUUUAAAAUGAAACACUAAUGACAUUAAAACAUUUUUUAUUAAAUCCACAAUAUAUUUCAAAGAAUAAUAUAAAUAUAAUAAAUUUUGCUGAUCACUAACAUAGCAUCAUUUCCAACAAUGCUGAAUAUAAUGUUUUCAAGUCUUACAGAUAAAAACAUUUUGUGAUUCUAAUAGAAAGACAUCAUUCUAAUCUAUUCAUUUAUACAAUAUCUUAUAAUACAUGGGAUACUAGGAUUCUUUGGUAUGUUUAUGAAAGGUCAAAAUUACUUAUAAAACAUGCAGUUGUGUGGUGUUAUAAAUUAUGUAAAAUUAAUUAUAUUAUACAGGUGAAUAAAUAAAAAAAUCAUCAGUAGUUUUCUUAUAGUGGUUUUAGUUUUGUUUUGAAGAUAUGUUACUCUUUCUGAUAUGCAUUAAUGUAUUAUGGUAUCCGUAUGUUAUAUACAUGCUUUAUUUAUGUGUUGUAAAUUACUCAGUGUUGCCAUUUUUAAAUAAUUUUUAUUCAGGGAAGACAAUGUUACCAUCACGCAACUGCAUGUUUAUACGGAAAUUGGUAGAAAAAUAUGAAGAAAUAUUUGACUAGCUAAUUAUAUGUUAGGUAUAUUUUAAUAUAUCUUACUUUUAGUACUUACAUAUUAUUCUAUUCUUGGAUAACAAAAGCUAAGCGAUAAUUAAAAUGUAUCUCCAAGCUACUAAAAUCAGAUAUUUUCAUAACAUAUAAAUAUUUGGAUAACAUUGGGUAAUUAGAAUAAAUAUAAUGUAUUUACAUAUGGGGAUAAAGAUGAUUUUCGGAUAACAGGUACUUAUUACUACUAUAACAUUAAAAGCCUACAUGUGGGUUGCAGCCGAACUAGCAAAGGUCGAUUAAAGUAAAGCUACUACAAGGUAAAUAAAUGUAUACACUUAACCCAUUGAUUUGAAUAUUUAGAGUUAUGUUACGGCCUUAUUCAUGUCCCCUUAUUCUCUGUGACAGUGACUUUAAACCCGUGUUAUGUUAACUUCAUGUAAUUACCGUGGGAUGGUAUUCUUUAUUCCAAUUUGUUGUCUUUAACACGACGUGGUGCGUUAAGUGCUUGUUACGCAUAACGUGGGGCAUAGAGAAUAAGGACCCUGAUUCUAAGACUGUUGAUUUUCUUUAAACUAAGAAUUAGAUGUUUUUGUGUAUUGAUUUAGCCAUUAGUCGUACAUGUUGAAAUGUUAAAUUAUAUGGUAAGUAGAGUAGGUUAUUUGUGUAAUUUAGUAUUUUUUGUGUUGGCAAUUAAAAUAUUGUAACCAUAGACCAAAGUUAGGUAAUGAUCGGUGACGUCAUGGAGGAUGAUUACAGUAGAUGCUACGAGUGUAUAUUAAGAUACAUCGAAUUUAGUACUUUUUAAUAAAUUAAAUCUCGAUUAACGUA